AUGAGUCCUUAUGCUUUCUCUCAAUUCUUACAGGAUUCAGCUUCAACUCGCAUACCACGCCUUGAUGGCGGCUCACGUAUACCAUUGCCCGGCAGCCUGCGACUACCCAGCUCAAGUGCACAAACCGUUACCGGCAUAGCGGCACGUACAUCACAAAUUCUUCAGCGCGCCUCCACAGUUGGAUUCGCACAGAAACGUCCUACGUCAUUGGCUGGUCUGCGACCGCCCAUUGUAAGCGCGAAUGCACUUAAACGUAGUGCGUCCGGUGAUCACAUAACCCAAGCCGUGAAUUUGGUAACCAGAAAAACUGCAACAGCAAUAAAGAAAUGGAUUGGUAAGCCAGAGAAAAUGCCGCCACCAAUUUCAGUGCCAAAGGCACUAAGUGUUGCGCAGUCCAAAAUUAAACGAAAACAAGCAACGCAACAAAAUGCGCCUAGCCCAAAUCCGGUGCCGGGGAAUAGUCUUAUGGGCACACCGCGAUCGCUUACGCGAUCUGACACAUUUGUGCGUACUGACAGUCCCAACGAUGAAAUACAGUUCUCACCAAAUUUGCUAACACAAUCGACACCAGCACCACCUACCGCUGGUUCUCUGGCAACUACGCGCAUACUCCGUCCACCGGAUAUCAAUGAGACAACGAAGUUGUUGAGCAACAACACGCGUCAUGCACUAUAUACCACCCAAACCCUGGACAGCAGCCAGCUGAAUCCAUCGCCGAAAUUCGGUGACACGUUUGACACAAGCAAGAGACGCACUAUUAUGCUGGAAGAGGCGAAAGAGAAUGUGACAGUUAAUCUUGAUAAUCGCUAUUCCCCGAAUGCAACGCAAGCAAUCUUGAACCCAAAUCUCACCACAACCUUCAAUGCACCGGCCCUGCUUGGUCAAACUAAGAACGCGGUCUCUUCAGCGGAAACUUUCACAUACAAAUCUCAUUUGAUUACAAAUGACACACUCCGCUUGGACACAACAUCGUCCUUGGGUCUAUGUGCUACGAAAAUAAUCGACUCUGCCGAUGCGGUCUCACCAAUUACUAACGCCACCUACUCAAAUCCUGACUCGUUAGAUAAUCUGCAGUUACUGGAAGAUGUGUCUGCACCAUCUGGUUUCUUAGAAAUGGAUCUGACAUUGCAAUCAGACUGCGCAAGCGAACGCGAAAAGACACGUGACAAUCUCUUAGACUGUUCCACAUCCUCAGAUCCAGAUGAAAUGAAUGCCACAUUGAAAGCGAUGGCGCCAGAAAAAACUGACAUGAAACUGCCACUCAACUCAACGGUGAAUACGGAAAAGUUGCUCGAUCUCACCGCCAGUAUGCUGUCGCCGUCAAAUCAGCGAACGCGCAUGAUGAAUUUGACUAAAGAUUAUCUGGAGUCGUCGGGCAUCGUUUCGGAAAACACAAGUCAGCUGUUGUAUAUGACCCAACAUCAGUAUAUUACUUCAGAGAACAACACCCCCGACUACAAUCCCGUUAUGAAAUUUCAAGAAAAGCAACAUCUACUUACUUCUCCUCAACUCCCACUCAAAGGCGCCCAUAGCGACUUGGCGUUGCCGACACGCACUCCAGACGACGAGCCAUUAAGCGUAGCCAUGGAAGUCGAUGCGACUACUUUGCUUGCAAUGGGUUCACGCACCGCAGAUUUCUACACAGCACGAGAUGGCAAACAAAGACAAUUGCUUGGCACCGCCACAUCGUUACAGGACGUCAACAAUCCGAAUAUGAAACAGAAGUCGCGUUACUCAUUUGGUUUGGAUCUCACCGAGUCCACGCUAGAUUGCUCAAUUGAACUGGUUGAUGUCUCACUUUCGUCGAACGUGGCUGCUUAUUCGACAGCUAACGGUGCCAUGACGGCUCACCUGCCAUCGCCUUCCACACAACUACAAUCGCAACAACACCCGCAAUCGUUGAGGCGACAAACCUCUUUUGAGUUAGAUGAAAGUCUAGGUAUUUUGACACCCGAUCAAAUGAAGGAGUUCUUAGAUUCUACAAAUACUAACAACACAAACAAUUUGGAUCUACCGCUGGCGGCGCAUACAGGAAAUAAGAUGACAAUUCAUCACAUGCGCAUCGAUCAGACGCCAUCGCCAGAGGAGUUGCCCCUCGAUCCUGUUGAGGUAAAGACUGAUGUCACAGAGCUUUUACUGUCACACCAACAACAACAUCAGCGCAAUAUCUUCGAGUCGACAAUAAAUCUUCAACAGCAGCAGCAAUUGCAGCAGCAUCAGCAACAAAUACAACAGCAACAACUGCAGUCCAGCUCAAUCAGCACUGCUGAAACGGUCUCCACCCAUACAGAUACCGACAUCUCCUCUAAAGCUUCAGACGCCAUGACCAAAUCCAAUGUUUCGAAUGUCUCGAAGAUUUCUACUAGCUUUAUCACUAGCGUCACCAGCGUAACUAGCCUGGACACUGGCUAUCAGGGCGAUGGCGAAAUGUCGCGCCCUGCUUCGCGUGGCGCUUCCGACCAUUCGCCUUCUAAUGGCCCUGCGGCACGUAAGGGCGGCCACGUUUCACGGCAACCAAGCUUUAAUCAACAAUUGCAACAACAGCAAAUGCCGCUGGUUCGCCGCCAAGAUCCCAUGACUGACUCUGACUUCUUCACUGAAUCCGAUGCGGAUGAUAUCUUUCAUCGUGGCGAUCGACGCGCGCAAGUAAUCGAUGGGCAAUUGUAUGGACCGACGCUGCAGCCAGCAGCCUCAGUGUUCAUAUCCGAGGAUCCAGAAGAUUCAUGCAUGGAAUCAUCGGGCAUAUUCACGGAUGUCGAGAAUCGAUGCGACGAUGAUUUGGCGCAAAUGCGGCGUCAAGACACACAAGAUGCUAUGUUAGAUAUGUCUCCGGAGGGAGAAGGCGAUGAUUCAACGGAAACAGUGAAGAGCAAUCGGGAGGGUGGUAAACAUGUCACUAACAGCGAGCGAAAUGUAAACAAAAGUGAAAUGAAUGCCGGUGGCGGCGACGUAACUCUUGUCACAAACACACGAAAUGCUGCUGCCGCCACAACACUCGGUCAAGGUCAGUUGAGCAGCAGCCAAACAUCUUCCACCAUACACAGCAGUAUGAGUACCGAUCGACUCUCUGCAGCGACGCUCUCCAAUCGCACCUCAUACUGCAGUGUCGACGGCAAUACUGUAAAUGUGGACUGCAAAAGCUUCUCCUCGCUGGAAGAAGCUUUUGCUGAGAGCACCAACGCGAUCAACAACACUACGCUGAGCCCAGCAAGCGCUGAGUGCACAAGACGGUCGCUAUUCUCGAAAUCUGGAAACGAUGACUGCGGCGUCGUUGAUAGCAUGGCUGGCGCUGAAGUACAACAGCGCGUGUCAGUGCAGAGAGUGACUCCACCGCGUAAGCACGCGUCGUUAACUUCGCUCUCAACGGUCGCGGCGAAUAGCGCCGCAUUUGGUGGUGCUAAAUUAGAAAACGACGAAAACAGAUUCACCUUAGGUUUAUCGGCAUCGCGUGGUCGCGUGCUUAUUGAAAGGGAAACGCAUUCGGAAUCGGGCACAGCUGGUACGAAAGUGGCAUGCGCGUCAUCCUCAUCAUCAACGACUUCACUGUCUGUGGACAAUCAAAGUAACCACAGCAAGAAUAUACAACGAUCCGCAUUAGAGGCGGCCGUUGCAGCAGCCGCAAAAGCCACAAACGCCGCGUGUGGCGCCAAUAAACAAACGCCGUCGCGUACAACAAAAUUCGCAUCCGCGCGUAAUUCGCCCAAGCAACGUACGUCAAGCGGGUCGGUCGCGAGUGUAAAUGAUAUCGGUGCGGCAACAGUGAAUGUGCGUAGCAAAAAGGCGACACCCAAUAAAUGGGAAGCAGUGAUGAAUAAAAUUCAAAGCAACAAAGCGUUACCUAAGAAAAAUUUGAAAGAAGUGAAAUCAAAAGUGUCAACAUUACGCCCCACUAAUGGGGUAGGUGCUACGAGCGGUGCUGGUGGUGGUGGUGGUCUCGCCGCCGCCGCCGCCGCCGCAACAAAUGUUGUGCCGUCGACUCGAUUGCAUACAAAUGCAAUACAGCCGCGUGCGAGCGCCACCUCCACGCCACUAAUAAGGCGUUCACCAACCUCAACCGCUGUGAGCGGUGCGAUGAGUCCGCGUACUAAUGCGCUGUUGCUAUCACUGCGGCCGACGGAUAACGGCGCAAAACGCAGCGGUAGUGGCAGUCCAACAACAGCGCAACAGGUGUCGAAACGACUAUUCCAGGGUGUUGCAGCUAAGCGUGGUCGAUCAUACAGCAAAGACAGUCAGAAGAGCUCCCAAAGCGAUUUGAGCAUGGCUAGUGCCGGCGGCGGUUCACCGAAGCUUUUGGCUAAAACUCCUAUGAGAGCUGCCAAAAAGCGUGAUGUGCGAAACUUGAGCAUAUCGCCUACAGAUUUGGGACCGCCGCCAAAGGCACAGCAGACUGCCAAAGGUACAUUGACGCGGCUUAAACCAGCGACUAUCUCUUUAACACAAAAACGUUUUCCCUCACAAAGUGUUUCUGGUACACCCUCCAAUACAUCUACAGCAGUAAGCACACCGACGGGCAGUGGCGGUGGAAGUUUAAAAUUGAAAAGCCCGUCAACUGUUAAAAAAAUUGUUAAAGAUCAAAAUCGUGGUAUUGGCAGUGCGUCUAGCAAAAAUGCCAAACACACAGAUACGCCAACGGAAUUGCAUGAAAUCAACCACAAUAACAAUAACAGCAUCACAACCACAACAAUUACAAAUGGUACAACAACAACCGCAACAACGCGCACAAAUUCACAAACCCCAUCGCCAAUCUUAGGACACCAUGGCAAGAAGACGACAACGGCGGCGACAGCUGCCGCCACCAAUGCUACGGUGGGUGGAACGUUGCUGGAAAAGAAAACACAAUCGAAGCUGCUGGCGGCGACCCGUGGUAAAACGCUGCUACAAAAAUCACAUCAGCAACAACGCUCCGCGGACGAUGCACCUGUUGCUGUGAGUGGCGGAGUUGCUGAGCGGCUAGACGCUAUUGAACUGCAGCGUUUGAAAUAUCUGAAUCGCCAUUCAUGUAAUGGUCGACUGGACUAUGAGGCUAUUGAACGGCACCUGGAACAGACGGAAUUGCAGGAAGAGCAGCGAAACAAAAGCAUUGAAGCGCUGGGCGUGUUGCUGCAGUAUGCGGUGUUUGAUUUGGAUGCAUUCUCAUGUCCGAAGGUAAAAGCGGAGAAAAACCAAAUUGAAGAUUAUUUAACUACGACGCUUAAGCUACUGGAUGAAGCAAAAUCUACUUGUACACAACUACAGGAUCAGCUAUGCGACAAAGAGGGUUAUUAUCUGCAGCGAGAAGAAGAUCUACAGGCGUUGCAUCGCUGCGAGAUGGAGAAAGCACAAGCCAAUCUCGCCGAUUAUCAAGCCUUUGCACAGGAGAAAGUCGCAGCACUCGAAUCACAACUGGAGGCAAGAGCUGCGGAACAAAAGCGUACGCUCGACUCGUAUCGACUGGAAUUGGACAAUAAACUGGCACAGAAACAACAGCAACUUGUGGAAGCCGCAGAACGUGAGAAAACAUUAAAAGAACGUUUCAGCGCGCUGGAGAUUUCCGAGCAAAAAUUACGUGAUAAGCUGACUAGCACUGAAAAUGCAUACGCUACGCGCUUACAAGCUGCCGCCGAACGUGAGAAUCAGUUGAAUGGGCGCAUAAAAACGCUAACCAAGGAACUCGAAUCGUUACGAACGUCCAAAGAGUAUAGGGAGCGCGAGCUGCGCGAUAAAUUGAAUCUAUCGCAGGAUGAAAUUUCAGUCUUGCGUUCAUCACAGCGCAGCUUCAACGAGAGCUUGGAUCGCAGCAGCGGCAUUAGUUCGCCACGCAAUUCCAGCGCUUCGGAGCUGGCGCGACUGCAAAGUGAAGCGGAUAGUUUACAUUGCGUGUUGGAGUUGAAGCAGAAAGAGAUAUCGAAGUUGGCCAAACAGAAUGAGGAGCUGUUGCGCGAUGCCGAAGAACGUGCUGUGCUGCAGGGCAGAAUAUCAUUGCUUGAAUCAAGCAACGAGAUGCUAAAGUCAGAGCUGGAAAUUAAAUCGGAGAAGGAGAAGGACUUCCUACGCCAACUCGACGACAAGCAAAAGGCUUACAACCACGAAAUGGUAAAACGCAAACGCCUUAGCUAUGACAACGAGGCCCUACAAUGGCAGCUCAAACAGCGCUCCGAACAGCUACAUAUUGUUGAAACUAAAUUACACGAGCUCUCCGCUAUGGAAUCCAAUAACGCCAGUAUUCAAUCUAGUCUUGGUUCACUGAAUCGUUCUCAGCUAAUGAACGGCUCCUCGCUGGUCAACAUACAAAUGGACGACAUCUCCCCACCCACAUCGCCGAUCGUCAAAGGUGUAAUUGAGAAACCCGAUUCCGUAUCGUGGGUGCUUGAAAUGGACGAUGAAACACCCGAAGCAGCCGCUUCAAAGAUGGUAAAACGUGCUGGCUCAUUCCGUUCGGUCGAGCGCAGCCCUUCGACGCGCCGUCAAUUGUCUGGUUGUGCUAGCGCCAUGAACACAUCACUGAACUGUGUCGGCAGUGCAGCAACAUAUAGCAAUGGCAAUAGCACUGCCGGGCCCAAUCCACUCUCGCAGUCAAUGUCCGCCACUUCAGUGAUACGACCACAUUCCAGCGAUGUGCGCACCGAGUUCAGUAAUCGUUCGCACUCGCGCAUACGCUCCAAAUCGGUGAGUGUAAAGGGCACCGAACCGGCGCAGUCCAGUGGAAGCGCUCUUAAUACCGGCUCUGUAGGCACAAAAAGUGGCAAGAAGCUAAUACGUCAAAACGCCAACUCGAGUGCACGUAAGCAGCAUCAAUUGGAGUUGAUCAACUGGAAGGAGCCGAUGAGUUCGAGUUCACCGCAUCCGAAUGCGGUACGACCGCGUACUUCUACGAUGUGCUCAGAAGUCGCUGAGGAGCAGCACACACUGGCGGCUGGUGGACAUGAUGAUUCGCUUUUUCAACGCACGUCAGUUUUAAGCACAACCAAUCGAAAGCUCAUCACGUGCGACACAUCAAAAUUGAAUUCGGGUGAGCGCCUGGAUAUGCAAUCGUUGCCCACACAUACAUCUGUGCAUGAUCUGAAGAAGAAAUUCCAUGAGAUACAAGAAUCUGCAGGCGAAGCAAUGGUAUCGGGCACCAACUCCGAGGACGAAGGUUGUUCCGCGUCGUCUGAUGAAAUUGUUUGCUCAGCCUCUACAUCGUCGGCGACUACAGGUUCGACCUCGUCGCUAAAGAAUUCACACAUGUCGCUGGAAGAAGUGCUGCUAUUGGAUAAAAUCAACAGCCUCAAUGGCACACCGAUGGAAGUGAGCUGGUCCGAUGAUCCAGAAGUAUUUACUAACGGCUCAACGGUAUGACAAGAAGUGCCGGAAUUAGAAGAGCAAGAUGAGGAAGAAGAUAGCUUCUGAACCUAAAUGUAAAUUUGUGAAAUUGCAAUUUAGCUGGCGUUCAACAUGAUUUUACUGGCGAAUCGUCUACAGAAAAUAUGCAACUAAAAAAGGAAAAAUUUAAUUUUAUAAGAAAAGAAAAGCAAACAAAAAAAUGUGAAAGCCAAUGAGAGGUUGAAUAAGUUGCGACUGUUCUACUGCGAAAGCACUUAAACUUCACCCGCUGCCCGCUGAGGCGAGGAGAAGUAUAAAUGCUUUGUAGGUGGAAGAUCGCAACGAACGGAAGAGAACAGGCUGACCAAAAUUAUGUAAUAGAUACUAUAAGCUGGAAUUGGGCGCCAUGUGACGCCACUGGUCAGUAAGCAAUGCGCUUGAAUAAACAAAUACUUAAAAUUAUUUUAUUUAAUUUAUUUAAAAAAAAAAGAGCAAACGUUAUCGAUUUAUUUGUCAUUUUGAUUGCGUGUGCCACAAAGAGAGUAAUAAUAAUAAUAAAAGAGAAUCAUAAUUUCGCAUUGUUAUGAAAUGCUCAGUAAAAACUUAAUGGAAAUCGGAGUUGUGUGUAUAUUAUGGAAAUAAGCAAGUAGGGAAAUGUGAAAACUUUUGAUCGAAAGCUUGAAGUGGAAGUUGGUUUUCCUGAAGUUUAGAUAUCGACAGCUUGUAUGCAAUGCCCUUACCUAGAAUAAAAAAAAAAUAGAUUCUAGUAGAAAGGUACGCCUAAGACUUAACGGUCAUCAAUGGUUUUAAUGCUGACCGAAGUCAGUUAAGUCUCAGAUUUGUUAUUAAAUCAGAAACUAUACUUUGUAAAAAUUUGCUGAUAGAAGGGAUUGAGUGAAAGCCUUCGAUAUAUUACAGGUAUUUUUCUGUGAAAUCUAUUAUUUUCUCUGCUUCGAAAUUAUACUUUUUUGAGAUUUUAGGAGACAAAUUUGUCGCAAAAACAGCAUAAGAAUUCCUCAAAUAUGUAUGUAUGUACUUGGAGGAUGCUGCUGUGGGUCUUUGAAAAUAAAUAAAUCUUAGCCAUUCUGGCAGCAUAGACCAGACUGUCACUCAGAUUUGCGCUUUUAAAAUUUUGUGUUCUUUAGGUUUGAAGAUGGUCGUGCUAAGGCUCUGUAGCGGCAAGUGUAGUCCGGCUCAUAAAGGAAAUCAUCUAAGGCACUUAAAUAACUUAAAAACGUUAUCUUGAAUAUUGAAGGAAGAAUUUUUCGUAAUUUCUAUUUAAUAAAGCUUAGGCUGAUUUUCCUUCAACUUUUUGCAAGCUCUUGCUUGAAAAUUGUGCUUUUGAGUUGAUAUGAGGGUUGCAUAUAAAACUUUUGGUCAAGCAUCUGCCAAAUAUGUGCUUUCCAGUCUUCGGCGCUUAAGUUUUCAGAGAAAAAUGUAUAAGUGAACUAAACGAGUAGGCGUAAGUAUCGUCUUCUUG